GACAAUCUCUCCUAAACGCGAAAAAUGAUUUAAUGUGCGCGAACAUUAAAUUUCGUAAGGACGCGCUGAUAGAGUUCAGAAACUUAAUUAAAAUGUCGAAACGUAAAGAUGUUCACGACGACAGCAGUCAAGAUAGCAAAAAACAAAAGACUACUUCUAAACAAGCUUUUCUUACGUCUUGGAUUAAGCAGCCUUCUCAGCCCUCUUCUGAAGAUGUAGUAACUAAAGUCACUGGAAAAAUGAAUGAUGAAAUGAAAAAGCUGUUACAAAUAGAGCUUGAAACUAUGGAUAACGAGUGGUUGAAAGUAUUGAUUAAUGAAUUACAAAAACCAUAUUUUGCUGAGUUGAAAAGAUUUCUUGCUACCGAAAAGUCGAAUAAUAAGAAAUUAUUUCCUCCUGACCCUCAAAUUUACAGUUGGUCAAGGUAUACACCUCCCUCCACUGUCAAGGUUGUGAUCUUAGGACAAGAUCCAUAUCAUAACGAUAGGCAAGCCCAUGGUUUAUGUUUCAGCGUUCCACAAAAUGUUCCACCACCACCGUCUCUUCUUAAUAUAUAUAAAGGCUUGAAGAAUGAUAUCUCAACAUUUCAAAUACCAAAACAUGGGUGUCUUGUCAAUUGGGCUAAAUCCGGAGUUCUACUUUUGAACACGUCACUUACGGUACGCGCACAUGAGCCGGCAAGCCAUAGUGGUAAAGGUUGGGAAAAAUUUACCGAUGCCGUAAUUCAAUAUCUAAAUGAAAAAAAAUCCGGUUUAGUAUUUAUGCUUUGGGGUAGUCACGCGAUUAAAAAGGGUAAAGCUAUUAAUAAGACAAAGCAUCUCGUUCUGGAGGCUGCACAUCCUUCACCAUUAUCUGUACAUUAUGGCUUUCUCGAUUGCCAUCAUUGGUCAAAGGCCAAUAAAUAUUUGAGGGAUCAUGGUAAAGAAGAAAUAGAAUGGAGUUGUUUGGCGGAAAAUAAGGAC